AUGGAUUUCGACAAGUAUUUUAAAAAAGAUGUGGAUGGGGCUUACAAUCUACAUUUUUUAAACAAGGACAAACUUUCUAUAUAUGAGAUAAGGGAAAUAUUUUCAGUUUAUGGAAAUAUCUUAGCCAUAAAUGUUACUAGGGACGAAACUGGAUUUAGAUUUGUAAAAUAUGGAACCUUACAUGAAACAAUAGCUUGUUUAAAAGGUUUAAAAGAUGGUAGUAAGAUACAGCUACUGCCAGAAAAAAGUAAAAUAAAGGAUAGAAAGUCAUAUAGAAAUUCAAAUGAUGAAAAUUUGUUGAAUGAUGGAGGAAACUGCACAAAUAAAACUUUUAAUGGAAAUGAUAGAUCUGAUAUUUCAAAUACUUUUCAAAAUUCUAUGCAUAAUCAUAGACCUAUCCCAAAUGUAACUAAUGACAAUUCAUCAGCACUUGAUAGAAAAUCUUCAGUAUCUUCAAGACAAACUUUCAUGGAGAAUAACUCUUUGGAUACAAUAGAUUAUGGAAAAUACUAUAAGAUAACAAAAGAUGGAAGUUAUAGCGUACAUUUUGCAAAUAAGAAAAACUUGGCCUCGGAAUUUAUAAAAGAUACAUUUUCAUCUUAUGGAACUAUUACAUCCAUAUAUGAUGGAGGAAAUGUUAAUGGAUUGAAAGUUAUAACAUAUAAAACAUUGGAUGAAAAGCCAAUUUACAAUAUAAGAGCUUGUGAUUUUAAUAAAUUUGAUGGAGCUGACAACUUUUCAGAUAGUACUUGCAAUUCAAGACAUGAUAAAUCUAAUAAUGAUGCAACUAAAUAUAAGAAUAUGAGUCCUCAAAUGUUUGAUGAAAAAUACUCAUUUUUGAGACAACAUAAAUCCAUUAAUAAUGAAGAUUAUAGUCGAGUAAUGAGAAAGAAGCAAGAAGGAACUAAAUUAGAUUCUUCAACGAUGAUUGAGGUAGAUAAAAAUAGGCGAUUUAGUACACAUGAUCAGAAAAUGCCAAUGUUAGUUUCUAACACAGAAAUUAAAUUGAAAGAAUUUGAUGUCAUGUCUAAUAGCUCAUUGUCAAACGAGACUAGGAGUUUAUCUAAAAUUGUGUACAUCCCAAUGCAAGAAAUAAUUGUUGCUAACAUUCAUAAAAACUAUGGCAUACAUUACAUUUUACAUUUGUUUGAAAAAUACAGUCCAAUUUCGGCAACAAUUGUACUGACGAUUUCUGAAACUAAUAUACGAUAUUGUCACGUUUAUUUUAAAACUGUACAAGAUGCGGUAGCUGUUGAAGAAGAAUUUGAUAAUUUUGAUUUAUAUGGCCAAAAUCUUAUUGUUCUACGAAAAUCACGGUUGAUAGACGAAACUAUCUGUGAAUAA